AUGGAUGAGAUUACAGUGGAGAACGUGACGGAUCUGAAUGCCAAAGUUCGCGCGAUGUCAAGUGUAUGCGAGUAUUACCCCGGUGGUAUCAUGUGCCAGGACGAGCUGGGAAAUGUCGUAUACAUGCAAGCGUUAUCGCUAACACACCCGAAGACCCUGAUAAGGUCAGGAGCCGUAAGUGAACUGUACCGGAUCAGCAUUAUCGAGGCGGAAUUUGCAUUCAAACUUGUCAGAAAAGCAGAAGCUGCUACGGGAAGAAAGUUAGGAGCAAAGAUUAUCGUUGACAUGGACAAGUUCAGCAUGGAUGUUCUCUAUCCACCGGCUCUCAAUCACUACCUCAACUUACUUAUAAUACUUCAAGCAUUGUUUCCUGACUUUGGCCGUCAUAUUUAUAUUAUCAAUUGCCCGCUGAUGAUCAAGACUGUUUACGCAAUGAUACAACCUGCACUUUCAAAGCAAACGAGGGAAAAGGUGUCAUUUUUGGGAGAUGACUGGAAAGAAUAUCUUGCAAAGGAGCUUGGAGAGCAAAACAUUUAUCGACACUGGGGUGGAAGGAAACCAUCUGAUCUUCCCACGGGAGACAUUCGAAUGGGAGGAAAGGUUCCCGAGAAAUUCCAGUGA